UGAUAUAUGUGGGGUAUCAUUUUGCUUUCAAAAGCAUGUAGUAACAUUGAUCUGGUUUUCUUUGUUCCUGAACUACAGACUUCUCAAUCAUAUGAAUGUUGUUUAACAAGGGAUUUGAUUGAAGCCAGAAGAAUUCCAAAACCUAAUCAAUUUAUCUGUGCAUUUGUUUAUUGUUAUUGUUUUCUUUUGAGUGCACACGUGCAGGUACAUAAUCAGAGGAGACAUUGGAAAAAGGUGGUAUUUGACCAGAGCAGGAUUUUAGAGGGGGUGGUCUUCCAUGCACUAAAAUUAUACUUUCCUAUUAUUUGGACUCACAAUUCUCUGUUUGAAAACUAUUUUUGAAGGAUCAAUUGCGGGAUAUUUCAUUAUUAACUCGUUAAUUUAUUGUACCCCUUUAUGUGUUUUGGCGGGAGAUUCUUUCAGCGUUUUAUUUUUUUCUCUAUGGGUACUCUUGGGAAAUUGAAUAUCGUAAAUCAAAUACUCAUUGAAAAUGACGAGCUCUGUUAUUCCUUCUUGGAACGACGACAUUUUCUGUAACUUGCCACUUUCUCAUUCCAUAAUUUCUGAAUUUUUUAAGAAGGAAAUUAAGCCAAUGACAGUACAGGGAAGUCUCAAAACUGCGGCUCUCUGUUCUCCUGCUGGUUUCCAAUGCUGCUCAAAUGUUUUUUAUCUUUUUUAAUUAAUUUUUUGUGCAGAGCAUAAUUAUUGUAUUAAUUUGGGGCUAAAAAAAAAAAAAAGUUGGUCCAAGAUACAAUAGGACAGGUCUGGAACCAGAACAAGAAGCAGAAAAAGGCUGUGAAAAAUUCCUCCACACAAUAUUCUCUCUCUGGGGUUUGAAGACAUUCGGGCACUUUUUAUUUGCCUUUCUUGCAUAUAUUUUAGCUGCUGUAGGGAAGUUUCUGACUUCUGAGAAUCUCAAAGACAAAGAGUGUCCUUUAAAUGUAAAAACAAAUAAAGAAAGACUGUUUCUUUGAAGGCCAUGGAGAAGAAGAAGGACCACAAAGUUGCUUGCGCCACCGGUCAAGAACCAGAGGCAAAUGACAGUUUGAGCAAGGAGGACCAAAGCCAGCCCAAUGUGACACUUUUUACAGAGAGUACAAAAACUGAUAGUCCUUCAAACGGCAAUGCACCGUCCCUAAAUCACCAAUACCCAUCAACUCUUCAAUGGCCGUACACGCCUCAGCAUGGAGUGGAACAAUCCCCUUUCAUGCCUAGACCCUUUAUUGCAACUCAAGCACCGUUGCCUGGAGUUAUAAACCAAUGGCCACAAUUUCCACAUCUACAACAGAAUGCCUCUAACCAUCAGGUCCCACAAGGCCAGCCACCAAGCAAUUAUUCCCAAUCAGCUGCUCCCUUAUGGCUACCCCAGCGAGCUGGUUACACGUUGCCUGGAUUGAAUGCAGCGGCAACUUUUCCAUCAUUCGUUGCAUUUGCAGGUACUGAUACUAGUUGGCAAACUCCUGCAGCUGUUGGAGGUGGAACUUCAACAACAAAUCAAGCUCAAGUUCCUAAUUUCUGUUACCCUGUUGGGUACCCAUAUCCGGGCUUUCCAGGUCCUUGUGAUCCAUCUUGGUGGGGUCAGGCUCAGGCACAACAACCUCUAUGCACAUAUGCUUUUCCAGGAGGCUACUUUCCUUCACCACCUGCAUUACCGCCUAGUUGCACCACACCCCUUGGACAAUCCUUUCAAAAAGGAAUUAUCAGGCCACCAACUAAACUUUCUCAGAAGCACCAGCAACUUUGGGAUGCUCAAUCUGCAGAAAAUGUCCAGCUAUGGAAUGUAAUUAAUCACUUGCAAUCAGAAAUAAUGGAUUACAAAAAUCACUUGGUGAGGCUUGAAGCAGAAGUGUCUUCUCUGAAAAAGGCAGCGGAAGUGCCUUCUCUGAAACCAGCAGCAGAAGAGCCCACUGCUCAAGUUAGUGGGGCCGUUUUAUCUGGACAACCAUCAAAAAGAGGGAGACCAAAGAGGUCAGUUGCUUCAGUUGAUGCAUUACCUUCUCCUGGUGAGUCUCAUCGCCGAACUCGAGGUAGAAAACCUGCAGCAUGCAAGGUCCAUCAGUUUGAGACGAAGCCAUAUGUUUUUGAGAAGGUUAUCCUCAGCAAGGUAGAAGAUAAAGAAAAAGCAUAUCACUCCACAGCUGCUGCAGAGCAGGGAAACAAUAUCUCAAACGUUGUCACACAUUCUGGUGGCAGCUUGGUGGAGGUUAACGGAAGCAAUUCAAUGAUGCCUGAAUUCCACUAUCAAUUUCAGCAGGACCUUCCCAAUGUCCAAAUAUAUGGAAUUGGGCAUACUGCCUCUUCAGAAAUGAAAGGUAAUGAUGACAAGGGUAACUACUUAAGAACUAACAACUCCGUCACUUCUCAGCAAACUAAUGGGACAAGCACCAAAACCAAUUUGGCCCUUCAUAUGGGUGCCAUUGGUACUGCAAGUAUUGGGUGGCCUUCUAGCAUUUCCUCAGAACCUGAUAGAAACGAGGUAAAUAUAGGCUCUCAGGGUUUCUACAACAGUGGUAGUGUUAUCAGAAGAGGAGGAAAGAUCAUUCCUGGAUGGAGCUUCGUAAGUGAAGAGGAUGCUUCUGAAAAGCUUGAAGAUGCUGUAUUAGGAUCAGGAAAGGACGACAAUGAUGAAAAUAUGGGAGAUGAUUCCAGCUCAGAAGGAGAAGAAAUUGCUCGAACAAAAGAUGAGAGUGCCCACAACAUGGAUGGUAGUAGAGAAGGAACCAGCCCUAACUGGUCAUAGAAUCCUUACUUUCACUAGUCUGCAUUAAGACUUUGUUAUGAUUGAAUUUUGAUGUAGAGGACGAUGAUGAAAAAUUCUGCUCAACAGGGCUUGCUUUCUAAGCAGAGAAAUGUUAGCCCAAAUUUUGUAGCUAGGGGAGCAGGAUGAUUUAAUCAUGGAAAAUCUAUAAAACUAGAGAUUGAAGUCUCUCCAAGUAUAUGUAUAUGUGGAACUCUAUCUAAUUCAGGCAUUCAGUUCUGUUAUGAAA